GGUGAUUAAUAAUUAAUGAGGGAGUAUUUUCCUAGUGGUUGUAUGAGCGAAAUGAAGAAACAGUAAAAUCUCUAUGCGAUGACAGCAUGAGAUUUGGCGAAUCACGACUGUAUCACUAUCAAAAACAUUCUCUCGACAAAGAAACCGUUAAAACGCGUUUUUAAAAAAAUCAAACAGCGGGGAGAAGAAUUUUAUGGAAACAAUGAGAUGAUAUUGAUCCGAACAUUUUCUGUACAAGCAAGAAAUGACAAGGACAAUGAACAAAGAAGCGAAGGGAGUCUUGAAAGCCGAUCGACCGAGGGAGACCAAUUCAUGAGGAAUGCCAUCACUCAGUAUCUUAUCCGUACAACGCCUCGGGUGCUUCAGAUAUUAACGCAAAUUGCAUGGCAAUCGUAUGGAUAUUUCUUCUUCGUUUACAUUGUUGGAAUAUCUACUUCAAGUAUUGGCAUUCUCUAUUUUGUAUCGCAACUCACAAAAGCGCUUGUCAUAGUUUUAUUGAAGUACUUUCGACAAAACCUGUUCAGACUUUCGAGCCGUCUGGCACAACAUGGCCAAGACAAAACAUUGCACGCUUUUGGAUCUAUAGGAGUUUUGAUAUUUUGGCCAUUUGUACUGGCGCCGUGUGUAGGAUGUGUAGUCGAGUCUACAGAGGGGAUUCUAGUUGCUGCAUAUGUCUUUCCUAUUUUCCUAUACUCGGCGAGCUGGACGUUAGUGGAAGUCACAAAAUGGGAGCAAAUGGAACCCUUGUAUUGGACACAUGGAAAUCAUCUGUAUCACUCUUUAAAAAGUUGUAGCCAAAGAUCUUGGCUAGGAAUCACCCUACAUGCGGUCACAUGGAUAUUUUUAGCCUUGGACACGUCAGGCCCAGAGAUCUCGAGAAAAACGCAGGCGUCUUUCUCGCAUCAAACAAUAUUCAUAUUGGCCGUUGGAUUUUUCGCCACUUUUCUUUACCAAAUAGCAUCCGGAAGCAGUAGAACUAGACCUAGAAGUAAAAGGUCUGAAAAAGAUGUCAAAGAAAAUCAGAUCGAGCUCGUCGAAUUCAGUUCCAAGCCCCCCUUAACACCACCUCCACCCCUUCCUACACCCAUAGCCUCCUCUGAGCCCCUCCCCCUACCCCCACCACCACCACCGACAGGAAUAGAUAUACCUCACUCUCCUUCUAAAGACGACCUCCCGCUCCCCCCACCCCCUGAGGAAGUCUCACUGCCACCCCCUGAUGAGUCUCCUCCGUCAUCUAAACACCCUCCUACUGUUUCACCGUCAUCAUCCUCGGCGCCGCCUCGACCAUCGACGCCCCCUUCUGUCUCCUCGGCGCCUCCUCAGCCGACUAAUUUCUGUGAUACCCCUGGUACAAGGCCGUGGAGAUAUCGACUCCAAAACUUACAGUAUUUGCAGUCGAUGUUUACUUAUGUUCUGAGCGCCAACACAUUCAACAUUUUCCUCUUCUUCCUUCCCGUCUAUUUGGUGGAAUCUUUAGCAUUUGAUAAGUAUUCAGCAGCGUACGUCCCUGCUGUGGUAUUUGUUGGAUGGGGACUUGGUACGUUGGCAGGGAAAAAGCUCGUCGACGUCACAGGAUUCAAGGUUUUGUUUUGCAUCUCGUCGUUGGUGACGUUCCUGGCAAGUGUCUGGUUUUACGCGCAGACCGAGUCCAGCAAGUACGUCCUGUACGUUCCGGCCCUCAUGAUGGGCUUCAGCAGCUGCCUGGCCGUGGUGACGUCACAUAUGAUGGUGGUCAUACAAUCACGUGCUACUGAGGAACGUCCGGUGGGUGUAGAUGAUUUUACUACCACUGUGGAAUUUUUGACCAAUGGCUUCGUGGUAUUUAUUAUUAUGCAGCUUCAUCCAGGAAGUCAGUCUGGGUCUGUGGAUCAAUAUCUUAGACUGGUCAUGUUCCUGGUCCCUGCGUUGCACGUGGCUGUGGCGAUAGUAGAAUCCAUCUUUUACGUUCAUCUUCCCUUGCCACCUAGUCAAGAACAAUUAUCUACGGAAGCAAAGCACAGGAAAGAAGAUAUAAAAAUAAAAACAGUUCGCUUGAACAUGACCACUGUUCAUGGAUCCGGUAAGGCCUGUAUUCAUCUUACGACUUGCAGACAGCAGUCUGUCUCCGAGUUGCAUGCCAAGUUAGACCGAGUUUUCCUUUUCUCUUGUAUGAAAUUGAAUAUCUGUCCAGUGGCGGUUCUAGGGGUGCUCGCGUGGGUUCAAUUUAACAACCCUUUUCAAGCCAAAUGAUUUUUUCAAACAAUAGGGUACUUGCACUAAAAGAUCAAUAAAAAUUCACCCUUUCUAAAAAUUCUAGUUUUGUUCGUUUGCGCGCGAGUUUGCCGCCCAAACAGUCAAGUAUCCAUUAAUUGAUCUGUUUGACCAUCCUUCGUCGCAGUGACUCUUCUUCAAUAGACACUAAUCAAUCUUUGCUAUGUGGAGCAGCUUCUUGUGCAUUUUCUGAUAAAAAUUUCAUAGUUAAACUACGCAAAUCAAGUGUUGUUUGUACUUAUUUCAGGUAAGGAGCUAGAAAUUGCGGAGGAAGACCUGAAAGUGCUUGAAGAUCUACCCUCAACAAACGUAUAGCCAAAAUCAGAAUACCUUUGACAGUUUUGUGAAGCCAAUAAGGAUGCGAGAGAAACGUGCUAUCUGAUUAAAAUGAAUUCACCCUUUUGGCGCUGAUAAGUCACGUGCGUUUUACGGGGUCAAAGUCCACAAAGUUUCAAGCGAAAGGCGUUUUUGAGCGUUCGCCUUCACGAAACGGAAGCCUGUUCAACCUAUGAAAAUAACACUAGUGUUAGCCGUCGGGAACUAAUUGAACCAAAAA